UACAUUUCCCACAAUGCAUCGGUGGUUCCCGGAAGCGUCGACGUGUUUUCGAGACUCUCCAGGAAGCGUCAUAAACAGCUACACAAACCACCCAAGAAAAGUGGGUUUCCCUCAGAGCGAUGUUGCCAACCACCAGCCAGCACAGCAAUGGUGCCCCUGGUUCCAGAGAUGCCGCUCGUCACACUGCGGGCGCCAAACGCUACAAGUACCUGCGCCGACUGCUCCAUUUCAGGCAGAUGGACUUUGAAUUUGCCCUGUGGCAGAUGCUUUAUUUGUUCACGUCGCCACAGAGAGUCUACCGCAACUUCCACUACAGGAAACAGACUAAGGACCAGUGGGCCAGGGACGACCCUGCUUUCCUCGUCGUGCUCAGCGUGUGGCUAUGUGUGUCAACAAUAGGCUUUGGCCUGGUGCUGGACAUGGGCAUUCUUGAGACAUUGAAGCUGCUGUUGUGGGUUGUCUUCGUGGAUUGCAUAGGAGUCGGACUCCUUAUAUCAACUCUCAUGUGGGUGAUAACAAACAAAUACUUGCUGAAGAACCCGGGUCGAGAUUUUGACGUGGAGUGGGGUUACGCCUUUGAUGUUCACCUCAACGCUUUCUACCCGCUCCUCGUCAUUCUGCACUUCCUGCAGCUUUUCUUCAUCAACCAUUUGGUGGUGAUUAACCACGACUGGUUCCUGGGAUACUUUGUUGGGAACACACUGUGGCUUGUAGCCAUUGGUUAUUAUCUUUAUAUCACUUUCUUGGGGUACAAUGUUCUGCCAUUCCUGAAAAACACGGUGGUACUUCUCUACCCCUUCGCCUUGCUCGCAAUCCUCUACAUCCUCUCUGUCUCGCUGGGCUGGAACUUCACUCAGCGUCUCUGUUGGUUUUACAAGUACCGAGUCCAGUAGGACCGCUUGUCUCCAGUUUGCACACAGCAUCAAAGUGACAAUGGACGCCUUUGCGGGACAGUCGCUGGAACAAUUGCGACUCUUUCAACACUCCCGUUUCCUGUUUGGGUUGGACACGCCCAUUUGUACUAAAAACAAGGGCGCACGGGAGCUUCAGUUCUUUUUGUAUGAUUUGUAAAUAUAAUUUUGGCUAGUUGUAAUAUAUAUAUAAAGACAAAGAAGUGCUUGAGAAAAGUCAAAAAUCUACUUAUUGAAGUAGGAAAAAAAGCAGUGUACAUUCCACAGCGUUUUCAAUAAAGUUUUAUUGACUUUCAAAA